UCGACUGGAAGAAGGUAUAGAAGUGAAUUGAGAAAAAGACGUUUAGAAGAAAUUCCAAAAUUCGAAACAAACGUGAUUUGGAUAGACCUUAGUCAGAAUCAAAUUCAAAGUAUUCAAUCAAAUGGAUUGCCAAAACGUUUCACAUAUCUAGAUAUAUCUUGGAAUGACAUACAAAAUUUAUCUGGAUAUCCAUUCAGGAAUCUAACCGAACUUCGUUUCUUAAAUCUAGAAGGGAACUUUAUAAAAAUAGAUAGCUAUUAUGAAGGAAUGUUUGAACAUUUAACAUCCUUGGAGACAUUAAACAUGAAAUGGAAUGAUAAAGAUAUGAAGAUAAAUGUAAUACCUGAGCAUGUUUUUGCAGAACUUCGCUCUCUUUCGAUUCUCAGAAUUGAUGGACCCAAAAAUGUAACUUUCGGAGAAAGAUUUACAGCUCUACAGCAUUUGAAAGUAUUGGACUUAUCAGGAAUGUCGGGAUUUUGUAACCUUGUAUAUGUACGAUACGACACGUUUGAGAAUCUUCCAUAUCUAAAGGUGUUAGAUAUUUCCAAUUGCAGUAUCCGGGAUAUUGAUGAAGGUUCAUUUAGUGUAUUGCCUAAUUUACAGUAUUUAAACAUAUCUUAUAAUCGUCAACUCGGUUUUGCGUCUUUGCCGAACAUCACGAUUGAUUUAAACAAAACGCAGAUAAAAACUUUACAGUUAAAUGGAAUCAACUGUAUGAUGGGGGUUGGAUCAGAGAUCAAAUGUCAUCAUCUUAUUCACCUUAAAGAUACAAAUAUUACAGAAAUAUCUGUGGCUAGUAAUCGGUUGGAAAUUUUUGAAGAAGGUGUGCUUCGCAAUUUUCCUAAGACGCUACAGAAAUUAUCAGUAGCUGAAAAUAAAAUGACCAUUGGUAAUUAUCUUUUAGAAAUGUCAUAUCUAAGAAAUCUUAAAGUUUAUAACAUCAGCUAUCUGAAACAUUCACCAUUAUUUCCAUAUUCGGUAUUUGACACAUGUAAAGAAAAAUCUGAAUCAAGGGAUGACAAGGUAUUCACAUGUCCCAAAUACCAGUCACCUGGGUUUGAUGAGAAAAACUUCAUAAAAUUUGAAACGUUGAAUUGGACGAUUAACUACCUGGGCAACUUGAAGAAAUCCAUGCUCGUGACAGUAAGAUGUACUUAGACAUUCCCGAAUUUUCAAUUCAUGGCCCAAGUUUGAAAUAUCUUUAUUUCCAAAACAAUUUUAUUUUUUCAUGGAAAGGCCCAGUUCAUGCACCAAACAAUACUCUCAUAGAAAUGGACAUGUCCAACAAUUUCUGUGCACAU